AUGAACUUUAAGAGGAUUUUCCUUGUCAAGUGCUUGCUGCUUUUAUUUCCCAGUGUAAAAUGCUCCAUCACCAACCCCAUUUACAUGGCUGUGAACGAGUCGGCUCUUCUCAGCUUCGCUGCUGCUGCUGGGAGUGUCUAUGAUGCAACAUGGCUGAAAGACAGAAAAAAGUUGCUUCAGAUAAAAAAUAAGGCAGUUAAAUACUAUGUGAACAGGGAGCAGUGCAGAUGCAAGGUGUUCCCAAAUGGGACUCUGCAAAUAGAGCAGGUGGUUAAAGAGGACAGUGGAAAGUACACAGUGAUUGUGUAUGAAAAGAAUGGAGUAUUGAGGGCAGAAGAAGAUAAAAUGUUCAUCGUUCAGGAGCCUGUCCCUCAGCCAGUCCUCAGUGGUGAAUGCAUGAAUAAAACUCUCUCUGUCACGUGUGAAGUGAAGCAGAAGACUAAAGAUGAGACGUUUACCAUAGAAAUUAUUCAUGAGAAAAGAAAAAUAAUCCAGAAGAAUGUAACAAGGUCGGAAUUGCACACACACUAUUCUGGGAUGUUCAGAUGUGUUGCUAAGAACCAAGUCAGUGAAAAAGCAGCUGAAAAAGUAAUCACGUGCUCAGGAGCGGUCCAGGUGCCAGGAGCAGCGAUGGCUCCUGGUACCCAGUAUUACGAGUCUAACGCCACCACAG